UUUUGUUGUGAUUUGGCGCUAUAUAAAUAAAAAUUGAUUGAUUGAGUGAUUGAUUGAUUGUUCCUCUGUACACGGAGUGAAAGAGGGGGAGCUGCUCGCUGCUCACAAUCUGGCAUUUGCAAAAUAUGCUGCCACUCAAAAACUCUGACCUAUCAACAUCAUCAUGGUUAACAAGAAGCAAGAAUUGCUUUAUUUUAUUGGUCAUGUACUCAGAUAAUUGAAACAAUACUCAUUGACUGCUAUUAACUGGAUGAUCCAGCUAAAAAGGAAGCCCUCUGAUUGGGUGGCCCACCUAGGCCCACACACAGCUGCACUCCAGAACCAAACCACAUAUAAAGGUCCUGUAUUGUGACACAACUCAUACAUACACCAUCUAUAAACAUGUUGGAACCAGGUUGGUUGGUUGCAUGUUGUCAGUGUCACAAUACAAAAUGCAGUGAAAACAAUGUAUAAUAUAUGCUCAUGCAGGCCUGUUUGUGUAUUUUUCAUUUGUGUGUUUUCUCGGUAAAUGUUUAAUGUGAUUCUUUUUCUGUUGCAGGACAUUUUAAACUUUGAAUUCUUGCUAAACAUGAUUUGGAUGAACCCAUAAGAAGAUAUAAGUUUGGUCAAAAACUUCUAAACAAUUUGACAAAACAUGACACUAAUCUUACAAACAUGACUGAUGUCAAUAUACAAAUGCUUCUUUUCAAAAGUAGAUAUAUAUACUAUAAUUUUAAAUUAUUAAAUUAAGCUCUUUGUGAUCCUGCAUGCUAAUUGCUUGAUUUUAAAUGCAUUCACUUCCAUUCAACAAUUCGUUGAUUUUUAUCUUUCACGUGUAUGUCCUGAUCCUGAGCCUGGGGUGAGCACUUCUUUUUUACUGUUGGCCUUUAAAGGAAUGAAUGUUCACAGUUUUUAACAGAAAUGUCCAACAGUGCCUAUAGUUGUUUCAGAUGAUUGGGUACAUUGUAAAAAAAUAACUGAGGGAGGUUUUGAAUAAGAAUAUUUUUUAUUAUGAAUACAGACUUUAGAUUAUUUUUAAAAAGAACUGUGUAAAUUGUUAUGAUCCAUAGAUAGUGUAUAUCUCAGUCUUCAAUGUGAAAUGAAGCUUUAGUAGAACGUAAUAAUGAUGAACAAGUAUAUUUUAACAAUUCACUUUUUUAUUGUACAAUACUUAAUUAUUUAAUUGAUGACAUCCAACUUUUCUAUUAACAUUGUAUGAUGUGUCAUUGUUACAAAACAGGACAUUGUCUCAUACUGGAGUCAAUAACAUAAGACAGGGACUUAUUUUAUUGACCCCAGUAUGAGAUAAUGCCCUGUAUUGUUGAUAUUUACUAUCAUGUUUUCUCCUUUGUUAGACCUUCAAGAGAUGAAUGAGUCAUCUCCUAAUGUGACUGUGGUUAUAGAGUAUCGAGACUCCUUCACCAAAGCUGUGACCAAGAAUGUUAUUGUUGUGGUUCUCGGGAUCUCCAUCAACUACAUCAAUGCAAGCCUCAUUCAAACCUUUCGCAAAAACCAGGUACAACAUUCAUUAUUGACAUGCAACCACUAAUGAUACAUUUACUUAAGAAAUAUAUCAGAAAUCAAUAUAUAAAUAAGCAGCAGCUCUAGAAUCUGUGGCGUCACACAUUCAAGGUCUGUCUCUACAACCACAGAGAAAUAAAGAUAAAUUAUUGCAGUUAUCAGCAGCCCUAUGUGUUACUCUUCAGUAACACAGAAACAUUACAUUUGAGGAUGAAUUUAAACAAACUGAACAGGAAAAUGUUAAGAUCGGCCUGCAGUGUACAGAAUGUUAAAGCAAAUCAGCAACAUGGGUGUUGUAACUCUAUUGACUAAAUACUGAUUUAGUAUUAUGUAGUCUACAAUGUUGCAUUGAUUGAUUUAUUAAUUCUGUUGCAUUUACUGUGUUGAGUUAUGUUCAACAGAGACAACAACAGCUUUUCAGUAUUUAAAUCAUUUGUGCAAUCCUGGAUCCAUGUUAAUGUUAGAGCCUGGAUGAUAAAUUGUAUCAGCUGAUAUUAGUUUAUCACAUGUACUCUUAUGAAACAGUGUCGGAGCGAAGAAGUAGGUUUUUUAAAUGUCUCUACAUAUCUCGGUCAUUAUUAUUUAAAAUCUGAUAUUAAUAUUGGUAUAUGUCUAAAAAAUCUAGUAUCUAGAUCUGUAGUUAUGUUGUGCAAUAUUGUUAAUUGCGCACUAUGGUAUAUAUAAUUUAAAUAAAAACAAUAUAUAACUUCAUAUAGUUGACUUUCUGCAAAUUUAAUUGAAAAUCUUAUUCAUAGAUUUGAACAAAAUGAUGGAAACAUGUUUUUUUUUUCAUUACAUCGAUGCAAAAAAUCCUGACACAGUAGAGACAGUAUUAAAAUCUCUUCAAAUUUUUAUUGCCUCUCGAUACAUAUUGUCAUUUUGCCCAACCCUCAUCUAUGUCAAAUAUGAAACUAUCUAUACUUGACAAUGAUUUGACAGCAAUUGUAAGAACUGGCACAAAGAUGAUGUUGAUGUAACCAACCAAGUCAAUAUUUGCUGAUGAGAACAUGAGCAGGAGUGAUUCAAAAUAUUGCUAUUUAUAUACAGACGGAGACAAACUAAAGGAAAAGCGGGAACAAAUGAUUAGAGAAACAUAAAGAACGCAGAUGCUUCCACACAGUUGCACUGCAUGGUACAAUUAAGCAAUUAACAUCCAAUCAUACUCUGUGGCGUGUAAAAGUAAAAUGCUGAGUAGGACAAGUUGGUUCUGAUUUUGUAUCAAGAUGGCAAAAGGAAAAUAUCGAGGUGACUGAAGUGACAUCUGCAUUUAGAUCAAUGGGAAAGACACCACCGAACAUCUAUGGGAGAUUUUGGAAUGAGGUGUUAGACAGUGCUCUCCACCACCAUCAUCAAAACACCAAAUGAAGGAAUAUCUUUUGCUAAGGUGCAUUGAAGCUGUUCUAGUGGCGCGUGGUGGCUUAACACCUUACUAAGAGACUUUAUGUUGGUUUUACCUUUAAUUUGUCACAUGUCUGUAUAAUGCUGUUCUACAGUAAUUAUUCUGUGAGGGUCGAUUAAUGUAGAACAAACAUUUACUUCCCUCCCAUGUUCUUUUCUUCCCACCCAUCAGAUCUUCUACAUGAAUCCUCGGUACAUCCUGUUUUUUCACCUGGUGAUCAACGACAUGAUCCAAGUGACACUGACCGUCAUCCUGUUCAUCAUCAGCUACACCCUCUACAAAAUAAAUGUCUCCGUCUGCUGCGUCUUCAUCCUGCUUGCUCUUUUCACCACUGAAAACACUCCUCUGAACUUGGCCUGCAUGGCGGUGGAGUGCUACAUCGCCAUCUGCCUCCCCCUUCACCACGUGCAGAUCUGUACUGUCAAGAGAACAUCAAUGCUGAUUGGUCUAAUCUGGAUUACAAGCAUGUUGUCUGUUCUUCCUGAUCUCUUCAUAACCUUAGCGACGGAGCAGCUAGACUUCUUUCAUUCUCAAGUGUUCUGUCUCAGGGAAACUGCCUUUCGAAAUCCCCACAUUAUCAAGAAGAGGGAUGUUACCUACAUUAUGUACCUGGUUAUAGUUUGGUUUGUUAUCUUUUAUACUUACUUCAAGAUCCUGUUCACUGCAAGAACAGCCAGCAAAGAUGCUAAAAAAGCUAGAAAUACUAUCCUCCUCCAUGGUUUUCAGGUGCUGUUGUGUAUGGCAACAUAUGCAGAACCCAUGUUAAAACAUGCUCUGCAGCAGUGGUUUCCAAAGAACUAUCCAGACUCCCUGUUCGCUUGUUAUAUUAUAGUGCAGAUCCUUCCUCGAUCCAUUAGUCCAAUUAUCUAUGGCAUACGAGACAAGACCUUCAGAAAAUACCUGAAAAGGUAUCUGUUGUGUAAAACUGGCCCACAAUAAGCAUUAAUUCGCCGACUAUAACAAGGAAACUUCCAAAAGCUUUACAUGGAGACAGGUCCUAAUACUUACUCUUUGAUUUCCUUGUCUUUACUCUGUUGAACAAUGGGCCUUUCUCAACACCCACUUCGAAUGUUAUCAUUUGAUUGAAUGGGCGUUAUCAGUGGUUAUCACUCAUAGAUAUGGGUUAGAAGGGGCCUGCUACACCUGCUAGUAGGUUCAGAAGGCAUCUAUUCAUACGGUUGAUCAAUGGUCAUCUAUUGAAAAGCUGGAUCACUGCAGGGACAACCCUUACGUAGAUCUGCAUCCACGUCACGCCAUUCCUUUUAUUAUCAGUGAAAAGUGCAAUACUUUAAGAUAGUUUUGGCAUUAAAAUGUGUUUUGAUAACAUUUCUAGUGAGAAAUGUGCAAAGUGUUUUCAUAAUCUUCAUUCAGUGAAUGUAUAUGAUGUUUAGUUUGUUAGUUAUUAUGAAGAUUUUUUCAGUUCUCGCCAAGUUGCUAUGGUGGUUGCUAUGGGCGCAACCAAGAAUCACCGCAGUUCAUGAAAUAGUCACGAAAUUUAAUCUAUAGAUUUGUGUACAUUGACACGAAUUUUUUCGUGACACUCAGAACGACUUUCAAACUAAUGUAUUUCAAUUGGAAUAUCUUUCCUGCCUGCACCAUGUUUUUUUCUG